AAAUAAAACCAAUAUUUAUAAUAUUUUAUAAUGUUUGGGGUAACCAAACCCUUCCUUUCUGUUGCUCUAAACUUAAUAACUUAUAUCUAAUUACUUCAGUAUGUAUUUACCGGCCGACGCAGGGGAGAAAGAAGCAUUACUGGAACUCUUCAGGAUAUAUGAAGGGCUUUGAAUUUUGAUUAAUGGGGUUCUCUGGUAGCCUGAAAAUGCGAUAGGGCGAUAGUGCUUUCCCAUUAACUGAUUGCAGAUGAGCCAAGCACUUGAGUAGAUGUUGAAAGGUUGAUUGGAGGUUCUGAAUUGGUCUUUUUUCUCAUUCUUGUUUUUUUAGAGAACAAAGUAUGGUUUAAGGCAGCAUGUGCUGGGAGUGGGUCUGAUGGACAAACUGGUCCCAGCCCACGAGCAUUUCACGUUGCUGUUGCUGUUGUUAUUGAUGGUCAACUGUUCUUCCUUGGUGGUCCUUCUGGCAGCAGAAGGUCGGGCAAUUUUUGGAUGCUGGACACAGGUUGUAAACAAACUAGGGCUUACAUUUUCUGAGUUUGAGAAUGACACUUAGCAUGGUUAAGCACAAAGAACCCGAGCCAUGCCCCCACAAAGAAACCUUCCUGAGAAUAAGGAUGCAGUGGCAACAAAUGAUAAAGCCCUCUCUGGACUCGAGCUGCUUAUGGAUGUUAUUCCAAUACUAGUGGAAGAGUAUAAAAAGCUCUGUUAUUCUUCCCUACCAACAUUUUGACUCAGGGUGAUGUUUGUAAGAAAUGAAGUAAAAGCUUGCUUUGAGGUUUUAUUCCUUCCUCACAUUAUAACAUUGUGGAGUAUCUCACUUCUGCCUGAAACUGACCCUUACCUGAUCUCAACUAUCAUCCAUUCUUGUUGAGCAAAGCUAGUACAGGCAGUGUUCUUAUCAGUACAUAAUCCUGGAGAACCUACUGUUUCACUGCUGCCAUAAUGUAUGAUUGAAUUUUGUCUAUUGAAUCAUGUACUGCUACUGCAUAUUAUAUCAUUCACUUAUGGAACAUAGGCACAUAUUUGCCUAAACUGGGGGAUGUUGAAAUUGCU